GGGGGCCUGAUCUGACUGACAUCAGGGGGUGCCUACUGCUUCGAGGCAAGAAGCCUGAACUUUCCUCCCUGUCACUGUGAAUGCUUGGCCAGGGCUGUGAAUGUCACCAUUGCUUUUCAGGGAGAAGACAUGCCAGACUAGGGCUGCACCUUCUUUAUUGGCUCUGUAGGUCUAAAAGAAAUCAGAUCAGCCUGGGAUCCCUCAGCCAACUCUGAAGAAAGGAUGGGGAUCACACCUGCAUGUUAAAGAGAUUUCUGCCUUGUUGUGUCUCAUGGUAAAUAAAAAACCCAGCAAAGAAGCAAACAGCUCACUGUCCUCUGGAUCUGCUGCGUCCUCCGGGAGCAUUGCGCUUAAACUAUGGGAAGCGGCACCUCCACCCAACAUCAUUUUGCUUUCCAGAAUGCAGAGAGAGCCUUCAAGGCAGCAGCGCUGAUCCAGAGAUGGUACCGGCGCUACGUGGCCCGCCUGGAGAUGAGGCGGCGUUGCACCUGGAGCAUCUUCCAGUCUAUAGAAUAUGCUGGGCAGCAAGACCAAGGCAAGCUCCAUGACUUCUUCAGCUAUCUCAUGGAUCACUUCAUCCCCAGCAGCCACAACGACAGGGACUUCCUGACCCGCAUACUCACUGAGGACAGAUUCGCCCAGGACUCCCAGAUGGAGAAAUGCAGUGACUAUGAGUCCAUAGAGGUACCUGACAGUUACACGGGGCCACGCCUCUCCUUCCCGCUCCUGCCUGACCAUGCAACUGCCCUGGUAGAAGCCUUCAGACUGAAACAACAGCUCCAUGCUCGCUAUGUCUUGAACCUUUUGUAUGAAACCAAGAAACAUCUGGUACAGCUGCCAAACAUCAACCGGGUCUCAACCUGUUACAGCGAGGAGAUCACAGUGUGUGGAGACUUACAUGGCCAAUUGGAUGACUUAAUCUUUAUAUUUUAUAAGAAUGGCCUCCCGUCGCCAGAACGGUCAUAUGUGUUCAACGGUGACUUUGUGGAUCGAGGCAAGGAUUCAGUAGAGAUCCUGAUGAUUCUUUUUGCCUUCAUGCUGGUUUACCCCAAAGAGUUCCAUCUUAACAGAGGAAACCAUGAGGACCAUAUGGUGAACUUACGAUAUGGCUUCACCAAGGAAGUGAUGAAUAAAUACAAGAUACACGGGAAGGAAAUACUAAGAACCCUGCAAGAUGUUUUCUGUUGGCUUCCACUGGCCACUCUGAUAGAUGAGAAAGUUCUAAUUCUUCAUGGUGGGGUGUCAGACAUAACUGAUCUGGAGCUUUUGGACAAAAUAGAGAGGAGCAAGAUAGUUUCCACCAUGAGGUGCAAAACGAGACAGAAGAGUGAGAAGCAGAUGGAGGAGAAGAGAAAAGUCAACCAGAAGAGCUGUGCACAGGGACCCAUCCCGUGGUUUCUCCCCGAAAGCCGCUCUCUUCCCUCUUCGCCCCUUCGGCUUGGCUCCUCCAAGGCCCAGAAAACCAGCAGGUCCUCCAGCAUCCCCUGCAGCGGUUCCAUGGACGGGCGGGAGCUCUCCCGGCAGGUGCGGAGCUCCGUGGAACUGGAGCUGGAGCGGUGCCGGCAGCAAGCAGGCCUCCUGGUGACCCGAGAGAAAGAGGAGCCCUCCCGCUCAGCCUCAGAAGCAGACUCUGAAGCCGGAGAGCUGCGGAAGCCCACUCAGGAGGAGUGGAGGCAGGUUGUAGAUAUCCUGUGGAGUGAUCCCAUGGCUCAAGAGGGCUGCAAGGCCAACACUAUUCGAGGAGGAGGCUGUUAUUUUGGGCCUGAUGUGACACAACAGUUGCUACAAAAAUACAACCUGCAAUUCCUGAUCCGUUCACACGAAUGCAAACCUGAAGGCUAUGAAUUCUGUCACAACCGCAAGGUAUUAACGAUCUUUUCUGCCUCCAACUACUAUGAAGUUGGCAGCAACAGAGGGGCCUAUGUCAAACUGGGGCCAGCCCUGACCCCACAUAUCGUGCAGUAUCAAGCUAACAAGGUGACCCACACACUCACCAUGAGGCAAAGGAUUAGCAGAGUGGAGGAGUCGGCUCUGAGAGCUCUGAGGGAGAAGCUGUUUGCUCAUUCUUCGGAUCUUCUCAGUGAAUUUAAGAAGCAUGAUGCAGAUAAAGUCGGUUUAAUCACCUUGAGUGACUGGGCAGCAGCGGUGGAGUCUGUGUUGCAUCUAGGACUGCCAUGGCGGAUGCUGAGGCCACAGCUGGUGAACAGCUCAGCAGACAACAUGCUGGAGUACAAGUCUUGGCUGAAGAACUUGGCCAAGAAACAACUGAGUCGCGAGAACAUACAAUCAAGUUUGCUGGAAACAUUGUAUCGAAACCGAUCCAACCUAGAGACCAUUUUUAGGAUCAUAGACAGUGAUCAUUCAGGGUUCAUCUCACUGGACGAGUUCAGGCAGACCUGGAAGCUGUUCAGCUCUCAUAUGAAUAUCGACAUUACAGAUGACUGCAUCUGUGACCUUGCUCGGAGCAUUGAUUUCAACAAAGAUGGCCACAUCGAUAUCAAUGAGUUCCUGGAGGCCUUCCGCCUUGUGGAGAAAUCCUGCCCAGAGGGCGAUGCCUCAGAAAGCCCACAAGCUACAAAUGCUAAAGACAGUGGCUGCAGCAGUCCAGGUGCACACUAAGAACAGCCUGGUCUUCAUCACCCAAAGUGCCUCAUAGGCAAUGCUCAGCUUCUAGCUAGACUAUGUCCCUUAUUCUCCAUGUGAAACUGUAUGCUGAAAAUUUACCUAUCUAUAUGCAUCAGAAUCACCUGUGUAUUUCAGUGUGGCGGGGUGGGUUGGGGUGUUGUGUAUGUAUGUGUUUUAAGUAUAUGAGUGCCCCAACCCGAUCUCACAAUCUUCACAAAGUAGAACUUAGGUAUAGUGUUUUUAAAUUCUAAAGUCCACUUCAAUUAAGAACCACUGACAAUUUAACUCCCUGAUUGUUUUUAUUUUAUAUAUAUAUAUAUAUAAAAUUUUUUUUUUUUUGAGAUGGAGUUUCUCUCUUGUUGUCCAGGCUGGAGUGCAUUGGUGCAAUCUCGGCUCACCAUAAACUCCGCCUCCCGGGCGACUCUCCUGCCUCAGCCUCUUGAGUAGCUGGGAUUACAGGCAUGCGCCACCACACCAGGCUAAUUUUGUAUUUUUAGUAGAGAUGGGGUUUCUCCAUGUUGGUCAGGCUGGUCUUGAACUCCCGACCUCAGGUGAUCCGCCCUCCUCGGUCUCCCAAAGUGCUGGGAUUACAGGCAUGAGCCACCACGCCCAGCCUAUUUUAUACUUUUUAUUUGUUGUCUUAACAAUGUCAUAUUGGUAAAGGAAAGUUAUUUUAAAAAUUGUAUUGUAAUUCCAUGACCCAAACAUAUGGAUUUUCUUCAUUAUUUACUUUUUCUUACUUGUUACUGUAGUGUUUAUAUAAUUUUAUGUUCUGCUUUUAAAAAAUUAAAUUCAUAUCUAAUUGUAAA